AUGCCCCGCGCGAAGGCUACGACCGAAGCGGACGAGCCGCUUUCCAGGCAGAGCCUGAAGGCGGCUGUUUGGUACACGGUGACGAAAAUCGCUCAGGAAGAGGAACUCUCGCUACCGUUCGCUGCGUCGGAACACUUCGUUGCGACGCUGGCGGAAGUAGUCUUCCAACAAGCUCUCUCGCUCGGCAAGGAUCUCGAGCGGUUCGCAAAUCAUGCUGGACGCCUGACGAUCAACGUGGACGACGUCAAGCUUGCCGCUCGACGGAGCGAGCCUUUGUACGAGACGCUCACGACAGCUGCGAUCCAGCGCGGCCUCACACUCGCCGACCUGAAAGCCGACUCGAAGACGGGCGCCAAGACGAAGCAGGUCAAGGCACCGAGGUUGGCGGCUGACAAGUCUGUCACGGGCGGGUCGCGCGACGCCGAGAGGGUGAAGGAGAAAGACAAGGGCAAGGGCAAGGGGAAGGCGGCGGUGAAGAGCUCGAAGGCGAAGGGGAAGCAGAAGGUGGAGGAGAGCGAGGAGGACGUGAGCGAUGAGGAGGAGAAUGGAGGUCGCGCUGGUUUGAGCGGAGGGUUCGUCAAGGCUAGCGCGCUGAGCAAGGGGAAGGGGAAGAAGCGGGCGGUUGUGCCCGACGACGAGGACGAGGAGAUGGAGGAGGACGGUGACGGUGAAAGGAGCGAGGUGAGCGGGUCGAGCGACGAAGACGACCGCAGGCGGAAAGGCAAUGGUGCGGGCAAGAAGCGAUAA